AUGGCUACCAAGGAAGACAACAGUGCUGUCCCCGCGGCAAGCAAGACCUCGUGGACGAGCUUUCUGAAGUCCAUUGCCUCCUUCAAUGGCGACCUCUCGUCGCUCACCGCCCCGCCGUUCAUCCUCUCGACGACCUCCCUCACCGAGUACUCUGCGUACUGGUGCGAGCACCCUGCGCUUUUUGUUGCCCCUGCAAGAGAGCCCGACCCCGCGAAGAGAUCUUUGCUGGUGCUGAAGUGGUUCCUGAGCACCUUGCAUCAGCAAUAUUGCUCUCGAAGCGAGAAACUAGGCAGCGAGAAGAAGCCCCUCAACCCCUUUCUGGGCGAAUUGUUCUUGGGCAGGUGGGAAGAGAGCGAGGAUAUCGGUGAGACUCGCUUAAUCAGCGAGCAAGUCAGCCAUCAUCCUCCGGCAACGGCAUACUCAAUAGUGAACGCAAAGCACGGCAUUGAGCUUCAAGGCUUCAACGCUCAAAAGGCCUCUUUCUCCAGCACGAUCCAAGUGAAACAACUAGGCCAUGCGUACCUGUCAUUGACACCGCCCGGCAAGGAUAGAAGCAAUCCAGCUGACCAAGAGCAUUAUCUCAUAACACUGCCAAAUAUUCACAUUGAAUCCUUGAUAUAUGGGACGCCCUAUGUUGAACUAGAGAAAUCAACCAAGAUUGCCAGCUCGAGCGGAUACGUCUCGCGAAUUGACUUCUCUGGCAAGGGAUGGUUGAGUGGGAAGAAGAAUACUUUCUCUGCUGUGCUAUAUAAAGAAAGCGACGGCGAGAAACAUCCCUUGUAUACCGCUGACGGACAGUGGUCGAGUAGCUUCACGAUCCGAGAUGCCCGCGCAAAGAAGGAUGUCGAGACCUUUACGGUCAGCAGUAUGAAGACGACCCCCUUAACGAUCGCCCCCCUCGAAGAGCAAGAUGCGUAUGAAAGCCGACGGGCAUGGCGAGAUGUAGCGCAGGGGAUUGAACGCGGUGACAUGGAUGCCACAUCUGCGGCCAAGUCCAAAAUCGAAGUCGCCCAGCGUGAACUGCGUAAGAAAGAAAAGGAGCAAGGGAUAGAAUGGGAGCGCCGAUUUUUCAAGCGGGUCAAUGAGAAAGAGGACCAUACAUUCAUGCGACUGGCUACAAUGCUUGAUCUUACUCAUGGCAACGGUGCAGGCAUCGACAGUGACCGCACUGGUGGAGUCUGGAGAUUCGAUGAAGCUCGUGCCGUUAAUGCCAGUCCUCCUUAUCAUAAGCUCGGCAGUGAAGGCCUGGGAUUAUAA